ACAUUUGCCCCGCCCAUUCGGCUGACACGCGUGUACAGUGUUUGCAGCAUGGCUUCGUCGGCGAAAAGAAGAGCGGUGGGUUUGGGUGAAAAUCCAGAGGAAAACGACAACAGCUCCGAUGAGAACCCGGAGGAGGACGACGACGACUCCGGGGAGGAGGACAGCGAGGCAUCAGAGGAGGAAAUUAAUGAGGAGGUGAUUGUGGAUUUUGAAGCCCACACCAUAUCACACAACGACUUCAAUGGCAUAAAGAAACUUCUCCAGCAGCUCUUCCUGAAGGCUCACGUAAAUACAUCAGAGAUGACGGACAUCAUCAUCCAACAGAAUCAUGUGGGGAGUGUCAUCAAGCAAGCUGAGGUCCCGGAAGACAGCGACGACGAGGACCCCGACGAAGUGUUCGGCUUCAUCAGCAUGCUCAACCUUACGGAGCGAAAGGGCGUGCAGUGCGUGGAGGAGGUGAAGGAGCUGAUCGUGGAUCAGUGUGAGAAGAGCUCUGGCCACAGUGUGACGGAGCAGCUCGAGCAGGUCCUGGGUGACACCAGCAAGCCCGUUGGGCUUCUUCUGAGCGAGCGCUUCAUCAACGUCCCUCCACAGAUCGCCCUUCCACUGCAUAAACAGCUCCAGGAUGAAAUAGCUGAAGCUCAGAGGACGAACAAGCCCAGCGGGAAGUGUCACUACUGCCUGAUGAUCAGCAAGACCUGCAAAGAGGCGACCAAGACCAUCCCAUCCAGAGGGGGCGCUCCCAAAGAGGAAUACCUGUUCGUCAAUGCAGAGGAGGAAUUCUUUUACGAGCAAGCCAUCUUGAAGUUCCACUACUCGGUCCAGGAAGAGGCAGACUCGUGUUUGAGCGGCAGGUGGUCAUUCGACGACACCCCCAUGAAGCCUUUCAGGACUGUGAUGCUGAUACCCACGGACAGGAUGCCCGCCAUCAUGGACAAACUCAAAGAAUACCUAACUGUGUGAAGCUCGCAAUAAACCGAGACACAUAUGCACACGCUUGAGGACGUUCAGACUCGUGGAAACGGUUCAGUACAGCAGAAUGUUUUGGUACCAUCAGUCAUGUCAGUGCUGUAAAACUGACUUUUUAGAGAAGCUGUUUUUUUUUUUUUUUUACAGAUUCCUUCUUGUCAUAAUCAAGAAGAAAAUCACAUCAUUUAAUACUGCAACAAAUAUACAGUUGAAGUGCUGUGUCUAUGAAAAGAAAUAUGACAUUGUGAUUUAUAAAGACCUGUCUAAUGUUUAAAAAAAACAACAAAUAAUAUCCUUUAAGAGCAGAUCCAGAUUUUUCUUGACAGCGUUCAUUAGGAUGUUUAUAGAAAUAGAGAAACUAAGAUUCAAAUGACACUUUCUUUCGUUAAAGAAUCAGAUUCUAAUCUCAAAUCAGGUCUUUAUGUAGAUCACCUCCACUGAUUGUUAAUAAAUAAUGCAUUCGCAUGCUUUCAUAA